UUGUGCUUUUGCUUACUUCUAUGAAAUAUCUGUCUGUUAAAAGUUUUUAAUUGUCAAAUUGUGAAAAAAUGAGUUCGUCUGAAUUUGAGUUUAACGACAGUGAUGAAGAUGCAACUGACAAUCAUGAAAAACUUUUCGAGGCUACAAACAACCUGAACAAAGUGCUCAGGAUACAAAAGCACCAGAGAAGUGAAUUAGCUUUAGUAGAUUCCAAAUAUCAUUUGACGAAAACUAAGUAUGAAAAUAAUGAUCAAACAAAGGCUCAAGAGACUUUAAAAACAUUGAAAAAAAAAGCUAAAGAGGAGCCAAAAGUUAAUACACAAGACAAUGUUUUACCCAAGCCUUUGGAAAAACCGGUUGCAGAGAGAAUACAACGCAUAACAGGGUAUGAAAACACGAGAAAAGAACUGAAUAAAUGGAAUGCCGUUGUAGCCAACAAUCGUACUGCUGCAUGUGUUACUUUUCCCUUAAGUCGAUCUUCCAUAAAGCUUACACCUUCCAAUGAGUAUGUGCAAAGGUAUCGUAUAAAAUCUGAUUUGGAAAUACACAUGGCAUCCUUGAAGCCAAAAGAGGAAUCUGAAGAAGAAGAUGACAAAUUUCAGAUGACUAUGGAAGAAGCAAUAGAGCAGCAGAAAGAGAUUGCUAAGCUUAAGGCGCAAGAGAGGCAUAAAGCAGUAAAAGCUAGGAGACAGAACAAAAUCAAAAGCAAAAAAUUCCAUAGAAUACAAAGAAAAGAAAGAAUGAAGAAAGCUAUGGAAGAAUUUGAAAAAUUGAAAGAGACCGACCCAGAGGCGGCUUUGAAAAAAUUACAAGAGCUAGACAAUACAAGAAUCAAAGAACGCAUGACGUUGAGGCACAAAAAUACUGGCAAAUGGGCCCAAAGCCAAAAAAUUAAAGCCAAAUAUGAUAAAGAGACGAGACAAGUACUAGCUGAACAACUGGCAAUUAGCAGAGACUUGACACAAAAAGUGAAGGAAGAUGAUAGUGACGAAGAUAUGGAUGAUGUACCACCUAUACCACUGUCAAGCAGUGAUAAGGAGAAUCCUUGGAUGUAUCCAGUAAAACCUGAUCAGGAAGUUACAGACUUGAUCAACAAAUACAGAAAAUAUUGCGGAGAAAUAAAUAAAAAUGAAAAAAGUAACAAGUCAUUUCAGGUAUCAGAAAUUUGUGAUUCGACUAAAAAUUCUAAUUCAGUUGAGCAGCUUACCAAAGAGAGUCCAUGCAGUCAGAAUGGUGUAAGUGAAGUGAACGGUGACUUGGGUAAAACCUCAAGUGUUGAAGAGCAAGCACUCAAAAAGAAACUAAAGAAAAAUUUACAAAAAAAAUCAAAAGAUAAACUCAAUAUUAAAUCACCGAAAAGUAAAGCUGCCAAGUGCCAAGAAUCAAAAGUGAAAGUUGGAACAUCUAGUUGGGUCGUUUCAAAUAAUUCAGAUGCACCGAUUCCCAAGAAAGAAAAAAAAGUUCAAGGGAAGAAAAAAUCGUUCUUACUGUCUGCAAUGAAACAGAAUUCGGAUAACGUAGAUGAUAUUGACAUUGAUGAAAUAUUUGAUGUUAUGGAAAAUAAGGUACAGGAAUCCCUUAACAAAAAACUUGCCAAAAAGAAACGUGAACUCGAAAAAGAAGAGAAAAAGGAAGAAAAGAGGAAAAAGAGGAGAAAAAGUAAUAAUAAUGUCAAUGAACUAGAAAAGCUUGGUUUGAAAGGCCAAAGGAUUCAAAGGCCGUCAAUUCAAAAGCCUAUUGAAGAGUCCACAGGUUUGAAACCGCAAGAGAACGACUCAGAACUAGCAAAUAUAACAAAUAUUACUGAAUUCAAUAAAAAAGUAACGUCUCAGCCAAACAAUGCUGAAAUAGAUCCGAAUAAAUUUAUCAACAUAAAGCCGAAACACGUGAAAACUGUAAUACCGAACGAGAUUAGUGAAGCACAUGAUGCAAUAGAUGAUGAAAGUGAGCCAGAAGAAGAUCAACAGCAAAUAAUUAGUGAAGCUUUUGCGGAUGACGAUGUGGUGGAUGAAUUUCGACAAGAAAAAAAAAAUCAGAUUGAAAACUCCCAGCCGGACAACGAGGAUCUGACACUACCAGGCUGGGGCAGCUGGGGUGGCAAAAAUAUUCAAAUACCAAGUCGAAAGAAGAAACGUUUCAUUCUAAAGUUUCCGAAAGCCGAGACUCGUAAAGACGAAAACAAGGGUGACGUCGUGAUCAUAGAGGAAAAGAAUCCGAAGAUUAAGCAGCAUUUGGUCAGUGAUCUGCCCUUCCCCUACACGAGCGUCCAGGACUAUGAGGCAAGCUUGAGAGCACCCAUAGGUCGAGAAUUUGUACCUGAAAAAACUUUCAGUAAGCUCAUUACACCUGCUGUCAAAACGAGGAUGGGGGCGAUCAUCGAUCCUAUGAGCGAGGACAUCCUUGUCAACAUCAAGAGUGAUCUGAAGAAAGGAAAAAAACUUGCAAAAGAAAAAUUGAAAACGGUGAAAAGUAAUAUGAACAGCAAGCCUGGCAAAAUAAGUAAAGCUGGCAAGCCAAACAUCGGAAAGAAAGCUCAGAACGCCAUCAAAGCGUGA